GGAGGAUGCCGGGGGGCUGCAAAGAUGCAGGGGGGGGACACAGGGCGUUAGGAGGACCUUCAGCCCCCAGAUGUCAGGAGGUGGCCCCGUCCCCGUCCCGCUGGGACACAGCUUUCCCUGCCUCCCUGCGCAAGGAGCACACGCACCAGGGGGGCUCAAGAUGUAUCCGGGCUGGGGGUUCUCUGGGGGCCACCCACACCUGGGCUGCCCCCGCCGCAGGGGGACAAUAUUUGCCCCGUGGACUCGCCGUGCCCUAACGCCCCGUGGCAGGAGAACUGGGGAGGGGGCACAGGGGGAGACCCCAGCCCCCCAGGUGACAACAUCUGCAAAGCUGCUCCGGCUCCAUCCCCGCCGAGCCGCCCGUGGGUACCCCGGUAUCCAUGGCGAUGGGAGGAUGCCCCCCCCUCCGCCCCCCCAGCCGCUGCCGCAUCCGCAGACGGCGGUGACGGUGGCACGGGAGCGAUGCUCGGCGGUGGGGACCCCCGGCCGGAGGAGAGCUGGAGCCCCCCGGCCCCAUGCAGGCGCUGCGGAACCCGGAGCCCGGCGGGGACCCUUCCAAUGGCAGCUGGGCCAACACCAGCGAGAGCCACCUCCUGAAGGAGAACUACACCUUCCUGGCGUACUACCAGCACUCCUCGCCCGUGGCUGCGAUGUUCAUCCUGGCCUACACCUUCAUCUUCCUCAUGUGCAUGAUAGGCAACAUCCUGGUGUGCUUCAUCGUGGUGAAGAACCGCCAGAUGCGGACGGUCACCAACAUGUUCAUCCUCAACCUGGCCAUCAGCGACCUGCUGGUGGGCAUCUUCUGCAUGCCCACCACCUUGGUGGACAACCUCAUCACGGGGUGGCCCUUUGACAACACCAUGUGCAAAAUGAGCGGCCUGGUGCAGGGCAUGUCUGUCUCGGCCUCGGUCUUCACGCUGGUGGCCAUCGCCGUGGAGAGGUUUCGCUGCAUCGUCCACCCCUUCCGGCAGAAGCUGACGCUGAGGAAAGCCCUGGUGACCAUCGCUGUCAUCUGGGUGCUGGCCCUGCUCAUCAUGUGCCCCUCCGCCAUCACCCUGACCGUCACCAGGGAGGAGCACCACUUCAUGGUGGACACCUACAACAACUCCUACCCCCUCUACUCCUGCUGGGAGGCCUGGCCUGAGACAGGGAUGAGGAGGAUCUACACCACCGUCCUGUUCUCCCACAUCUACGUGGCCCCUCUGGCCCUCAUCGUCGUCAUGUACACCCGCAUCGCCUUCAAGCUCUUCAAGUCGGCAGCGCCCGCUCACGGCGCCCGGCCCGAGGAGCCUGAGGGGAGGAAGGUGUCUCGCAAGAAGGCGAAGGUCAUCAACAUGCUUAUCAUCAUGGCCCUCUUCUUCACCCUCUCCUGGCUGCCCCUCUGGACGCUGAUGCUGCUGAUGGACUACGGGUGCCUCAGCGAGCGCCAGCUCCGCCUGGUCGCCAUCUACAUCUUCCCCUUCGCCCACUGGCUGGCCUUCUUCAACAGCAGCGCCAACCCCAUCAUCUAUGGCUACUUCAACGAGAACUUCCGCCGGGGCUUCCAGGAGGCUUUCAGGGCCCCUUUCUGCUCGCCACCGCGCCGGCGCCACCGCGGGCCCUACGGCACCCGCAACCGUGUCUUCACCCUGGCCCGGGCCAGCGACUCGCCCCCUCACUCCGAAUCGGGGCCCCUGGCGCCUCGCCGAACCGGCGUCCCCGCUUGGGACGGCUGAGCAGCCACGGCUACCACCGUGCCUGGUCACCGCGGGGCGCGGUGGGGACCUCAUGCAUGACACUGUGGUAGGGAGGAACCCCCAUAUUGUCGUGGUUUGGUGGCCUUGAUAUGGGGCAUGAACUUCUGACCCAAGGGCUUGUUGUAGGGAGGAAUGAGGAUUGAAAUAAAUGCACGUCUUGCUGAUGCCA